AUCAUCAUUUUUGUCUCUCUUCUUAUCGUUUCCCUUCCUUCCCUAGUUCCCUGGUACCACCACACCACAUAACACAGCAUUUUUUUCAUUUCUUUUUUUUUUCUGCUGAAGCUAUUUUGAUUUUUUUUUUUAUAUAUAUAUAUAUAUAUAUAGAUCGUGAAAACGGUGAAGUAAUUUCUUGAGGCAAACAAAAAAUGGGUCAGAUCCAGUACUCCGAGAAGUAUUUAGAUGACACUUUUGAGUACAGGCAUGUGGUGCUUCCUCCUGAAGUCGCUAAACUUCUCAUUAAGAAUCGCCUUCUCUCUGAAAAUGAGUGGCGAGCGAUUGGAGUUCAGCAGAGCCGAGGGUGGGUCCAUUAUGCGAUUCAUCGCCCGGAGCCACACAUCAUGCUGUUCAGGAGGCCUUUGAAUUAUCAGCAGCAGCAGCAGGAUCAAGCUCUUGUCAAGUGAUAAGUUUUUUAUUAUCUUAUUAUAAUGACUGAAAUGCUGAAAAGGAAGGAAAUGCUUUGGUUUAUGCCCUGCAUAAACGGUUAUGGAUUUUUAGUAUUGUGUUGUAAUUCUCUACUGUGGAGAAUUUCGUGUUAGGGCUUUUUGUUUCUUUCAUGUGUUGUUUGAUGACAUUAUCAGCGUUGGUUAAUUAGACGUUGAUGAAAAACUAAUGCUCAGUUGUUGCCGAUA